CAUGCUCCGAGAGCUGCUCACACUACUCCUAGUCGGGCUGAUGAUGCCUCUCUCUUGGGCAUGUCCGACGCCGACGUCCUCCACGACGGACCUCUCGUCGACACCGCCGACUACUCUAGGAACUACAGAUAGGCUAGUAUUUUGUCACUUUAUUAUGGGAAUCACCAGUAACCGCCAAAGCGCAACCGACUACGACGAUGACAUGAAACGCGCCAAAGACGCAGGCAUAGAUGCCUUUGCCCUCAACAUCGGCACAGAUCCCUUCACAGACACCCAACUCGGUUUCGCCUACGAGUCAGCCGCAAACAACGGAAUGCAGGUCUUCCUCUCCUUCGACUUCAACUGGUGGAAUAUCGGCCAGGGCAGCGCCGUCGGCGCCAAGGUCCAACAGUAUGCGGAUCAUUCCGCUCAACUCAAGGUCGAUGGCAAGGUGUUUGUGUCGUCAUUUGUUGGCGACGGUGUCGAUGUCAAUGCUAUCAAGUCGGCCGCGGGACAGGAUAUCUUUUUCGCGCCAAACUUCCACCCGGGUCAGGGGAAUUUUGAUGAGAUCCAGGGCGCACUGAAUUGGAUGGGGUGGCCGAGUAAUGGAAAUAACAAGGCGCCGACUCCGGGGCAGAAUGUCAGCGUUGCCGAGGGUGAUGAAGCUUAUAGCACGGCAUUGCAAGGAAAACCCUAUAUUGCGCCUGUCUCACCGUGGUUCUCAACCCAUUAUGGAAGCGAGGUCUCGUAUAGCAAGAAUUGGGUCUUUCCUUCUGACUUGCUGUGGUAUGACCGCUGGCAGGAGAUCCUAGCACUUGGUUCUCGCUUUGUGGAGAUUAUCACAUGGAAUGACUAUGGCGAAUCGCAUUAUGUUGGACCGCUCUCAUCACCACAUACUGACGACGGGGCAUCAAAGUGGGCGAUGGACAUGCCGCAUAAUGGCUGGCUAGACAUGGCUAAGCCCUUCAUCGCUGCAUACAAGGCCGGCGUCACCGACGCUCUGCCCUUUAUCGAUGAGGAGAAACUUGUGUACUGGUACCGACCUACAAAGAAAGAUGUCAACUGCGAUGGCACCGACACCACGACGCAGGGCAACGCCAACAACGCCACUGGCGAUUUCUUCGCCGGUCGACCGAACGGGUACGAGUCAAUGGCCGACGAAGUCUUUGUAGUCUCUCUGCUCAAAUCCCCUGCUCUCGUGACCGUACAAUCAGGCGAUCAAUCCGCAACCUUUGACGCACCCGCAGGCAUCAGUGCGCACCAGGCCCCAAUGGGCGUGGGCAAGCAGCAGUUUGCGGUCUCCCGAAAUGGACAGAAUAUCCUGUCGGGAACUAGUCUGAAGGACAUCGUGGAUACUUGCAUCUGCGGGAUCUACAAUUUCAAUGCGUACGUAGGGACGCUCCCGGCGCCAACCACGAUUGACCGGCUCCAGCCGGCUGGGCUCGCGUUGCUGUCGCAGGGCUUGAAGGUCUCCUGCCCGACGAAUACGCUGGGCGUGAGCGGGACGAGUAGUCCGACGCUUGUCGCUCGGGUGUGA